CUCGUCGCCCAUUUCUUCCCAUAGGAGAGACAGAAGGGAGAGAGCUUUGGCUCAGUUCGAGAACCUCUCUCCUAGAACGACUCGGUUUCUGGACUCGCGCCGCGUUCUACCUAUUCCACAAGGUAGUAAAUUUAAGCGCAGAAUUCUUGAAGAUUACACAGAGGAGGAAGGAUUGGUGGGCUGUUCGGUCGUUGGAAGGAUAACAUGGAAGAGCGUGAACAUGCUCCUUGGAGAUUUAGCUGUUUCGAAUUCUUGACUCAUCUCCUUGAAAGUAAGCGUCAUCCACGAUUCCGGCAGAUUGAACAUAUUUCUCCUUCAGAUGAGCAGGGGACUACCACUCUAGCUUCUACAUCAUCGGUGCAAACCGAUACCAGAAAUGAUACAGAUCUUUCUUCUCCAAGGCCAUUGUCACAUACCGAUCCUGGAUGCUCUCACUCACAGUGCCAAAAUGAUGGAUUUGUGUUACGGCGUGCCAGGGGUCCGAUACCUCUUCAUGAAAAAUCCCAAUUACUCAGAUAUGAUUUUCAUAUGAACACAGAAUUAAUGGAGAAUUUAAAUGAAUCCAAGUAUGAAGGAGGAUCCAUGAUGUCAUCUCCGGAGAGUUCAUCGAAGCAGCCAUUAUCAGAAAUGACAACUGGAAUAACAUAUCUGCAUUCAGAAUCUGAGGAUGAAGAUGUGUGUCCAAUAUGCCUUGAGGAGUACACAUAUGAAAAUCCAAGGAUUCCUUUGAAGUGCACUCACAUUUACCACCUUAGCUGUAUAUAUGAAUGGUUGGAGAGAAGUGAAUCCUGUCCAAUCUGCAGCAAGAUGGUGCAAUUUAACGAAGAAACGUGAAUCCCGAUUCCCUCAAUGGAAGCUGCAACGUUCACGUAGAUGUGAUCAACGUUUAAAUGAAAGAUCAAAGAUAGACAACACUUCGUCUCAUUUUAAUUUUGUUGUUUCUUUCUUCUGAGAAAGAAAAAGUGGAUUUAACGUGCUUUUAUUCCGUCAACAUGAGAU